CUGCCUGAACGUCCAUCUAUAUUACAGAGCGCAUUAUAACACUAAAUUUAGUACGCUGUGAACUUCUUGGGUGUAGUGUAUUAUAUUAAUCAUGUGUUUGUGGUUACUGACUGCAUGUUUAGGGCUUUUGCCGUCCAAUCCAUCACAACAAUCCCAAAUUGUUAUUAUACAAGGAGUUCCAACGCCAAUAUUGCAACCAACUACUGCAGCCCCGACAACUGCUGCUCCUACAACCGCAAGUGCAGCUCCCACGACAACUGCUGCUACGACCACCGCUGCAACAACACGAAUGCCACCGCCGGCAACCACAAUGAUGCCUACGACAGCCGCACCGACCUCACCACCUACGAUGGCUCCAACAACGGCUGCGCCUACCACAACCACUACAACAACUUCUCGCCCAACAACUGGACAGCUGCCGAUAGACCCAAGACUCGGUACUACUACACAAGGACCUUCAGCUGAUUUUCGGCUACCGCCUAUUAAUGGAUACAGUUCUCAAAAUCCUUCCGAUACAGCUGUACGCUUUCCAAGAGAAAAGAGAAGUGUUUACAAUAAUAGAAUAAGAAAUAGCGCUCAAUAUAUCUACGAAAACUAUUUUGCUAAUAGGCAUAUUAUAAGUAAGCGACAAAGUUGUCGCUGCGUACAAGCGGGUACAUGCGUGAGAAAUGGGAAUUCAUAUUAUGGGAAUGGCAUGAUCGAUAUUAGAAUUGUUACACCGACUGGGACGCAGUGUCCGACGGGACAGGAAUAUUGCUGUGGCAAUACCUAUAAUAGCGGAACCAUUUCAUGUGGAACACUGCAAAAUUCACCAACGCCUUCAGUCACACCCGCCGCAGGACAAGCUAAUUAUGGAGAAUAUCCAUGGCAGGCUUUAAUAUUGUCAAAACAAAACGACUAUAUUGCUGGUGGAGUUUUAAUCGAUCAACUUAAUGUUAUAACAGUUACUCAUAGACUUUCAACCUAUAUUGUUUCAGGGACUGCUCCAAACGUCAAAGUACGUUUAGGUGAAUGGGACGCAGCUGGAACUUACGAGCCCGUUCCAUUUCAAGAAUAUAAUAUAGCCAAGGUUUUCACACAUCCGUCGUUUGAUCCUAACACUUUACAAUACGAUAUAACUGUAUUGCGAUUGUCUUCUGCUGUUCCCUUUACACCUAUGAAUGGUGCAGCGACUACAAUAAAUAGGGCUUGUCUUCCCCCUUCAUCGACAUCAACCUACACAGGGCAGAGGUGCUGGGUAGCGGGUUGGGGGAAGGACAUGUUUGGCGUGCAAGGUCAAUACCAGCAAAUAUUGAAGGAGGUAGAUGUGCCGAUUGUUGCACCUUCCACAUGCCAGUCACAGUUACAAACCGCUCGACUUGGCUCCUCGUAUGUACUCGAUACGACAUCCUUUGUAUGCGCAGGAGGUGAAGCUAAUAAGGAUGCUUGUACGGGUGACGGCGGAUCGGGCUUGGUUUGCCUAGUGAACAAUCAAUGGGUUGUCGUGGGUCUGGUUGCGUGGGGUCUCGGCUGUGCCAACCAAAAUGUUCCUGCCGCGUAUGUUAAUGUUGCAGGAUUAUUACCCUGGAUACAACAACAAGUUGCGUCAGCUUAAAUCUGGACAAAUUUCGUCAAAACUGUAGCAUGAUAUUAUGUAUUAUAUUAUCUGUGGUACUGCGUUAUGGUUUAUAGUAUGUUUUGUGGAAAUGUAAUUUGUAUUGUAAGAUAAUGAGCUUAUAAUGAGUUACUCAAUUGUUACAAUUUUUACUCAUCUUUUUUAAUAAUAAAUAAAUAUAUUUUUUCUAGUU